AACAAGGCAUGUCAAAUGGGUCGGUCUGAUCCAAGGAAGAUUAUAUUUGCCGCAAAAAUGGGUCUUGCUUUGACUAUUAUCUCCCUUUUGAUUUUUCUCAAAGAACCCUUCAACAAAGAUAUUGGUCGUAACUCUGUUUGGGCUAUUCUCACCGUUGUAGUUGUCUUUGAAUUCAGUAUAGGGGCAACUCUGAGCAAGGGGUUUAACAGAGGAUUAGGGACAUUGUCAGCUGGAGGACUUGCUGUUGGAGUGGGAGAGUUAUCAGCAUUGGCUGGAGAAUGGGAAGAAAUUAUAGUUAUUAUCACUACAUUCAUUGUUGGAUUCUGUGCUACUUAUGCAAAACUCUAUCCAACUUUAAAGCCUUAUGAAUAUGGUUUCCGUGUGUUCUUGAUCACUUAUUGCUACAUUACAGUAUCUGGUUAUCAUACUGGUGAGUUUCUUGAUACAUCUAUAAGUAGAUUUUUGCUCAUUGCACUUGGUGCUGCUGUCUCUUUGGGAGUCAAUAUCUGCAUAUAUCCUAUUUGGGCCGGAGAAGAUUUGUAUAAUCUUGUGAUAAAAAAUUUCAUGGGCGUUGCAACAUCUCUAGAAGGGGUUGUCAAUCACUACCUUCUGACUUACCAAGCAGCUGCUGAUGACCCAGUUUACAGUGGCUACAGAUCAGCAGUUGAAUCUAAAAGUAACGAGGAAACAUUGUUGGGAUUUGCUGUAUGGGAACCACCUCAUGGUAAAUACAAAAUGCUUAAAUAUCCAUGGAAGAAUUAUGUCAAAGUAAGCGAGGCUCUUAGGUAUUGCGCGUUUGUGGUUAUGGCCAUGCAUGGAUGCAUACUUUCUGAAAUUCAGGCCCCGGCUGAUAAGAGACAGGUUUUUCACAAAGAGCUUAAGAGGGUAUGUUCCGAAGGAGCACAAGUGUUGCGCGAACUUGGAAACAAAGUCCAGAAGAUGGAGAAGCUGGACAGGAGAGAUUUGUUGCACAAAGUGCACGAGGCAGCCGAAGAAUUGCAACUAAAGAUCGAUAAAAAAUCUUACCUUCUUGUCAAUUCAGAGCUCUGGGAAAUUGGAAACCAUUCUAGAGAGGAAACUAAUGAUGAUCUUCCUGAAGGCCACAUUAACAUGGAUGAAGACAAACAAUUUCUAGAGUACAAGUCUCUAAGUGAAGCAGCACUUGAUCUCAGAUCAAUUGAAGUUCAAAACAAUUGGGAUGAAAUAACUAGAGAUAAUAAUAGUAAUAACCAUGAUGUGCCUCCUUCUAUCGCCAAUGAAAACAUGUUCGUGAAACAAACAUCUUGGCCUGCUCAUGUUUACUACAAACCAGAAGUCAAAGCAAAAGAGGAAGUAUCAAAAACUUAUGAAAGUGCAAGUUCGUUGUCUCUAACGACAUUUACAUCACUAUUGAUUGAAUUUGUAGCAAGGCUUCAAAAUUUAGUGGAUUCAUUUGAAGAAUUGGGUGAGAAAGCUAACUUUAAGGACCCCCUUGAACAACAAGGUGCCAUAGCAUCUGGCUGGUUUAGGAGGAGAUUGUUUAACUGCUUUAUAUCCCAGGAUUGACAAAUGGAGUAUGAAAAGAGGUAAAUUUUCUUAACAAGUAGAUCAACUCCAGAAAUUUCCAUAAAGUUUUGAAACUAUUUGAUAUUUCAUCAUGUGACAUCAAAUGGACUCAUAAAAAUGUUUUAAAAAUGAUCAGAAGUGAACCUAAAGACGACGGCAAAGUUGGUUGGAUGCAGCGGAGGAUGGCGACUGCUCAUUAGAGGGAAUGUUAUUCCUACAAGGACUACAACGCUCAAAUCAACAAGGCAUUCAAGAAAGUCUAUAAGAUCAACCGAAAGAGAAAACAUAAAUUUCACAUGGGACGAGGGUCCUUUAUAUAAAUGUGGUAUAAUGGACUCUAGGUCUGAAAUGGUUACGAUGUUCC